AUGCCCAAAACUAAACCCGUAUCUGUAAAAACAGUAAAAUUACAAAGACGAAAAAACAUUCAUUAUUUUGAAACUACAGAAUUUAAAGAAAAACUUAAACUUUCAAUUGAAAAUAAUUUUUCUGGCUACUUUUCUAAUAGAAAUGAUUUAAAUUUCAAUCAUGCAAUAGAACAACUUUUGGCACCUUGUAAAAAAACCAAAAAAAAUCAAGAGAGAACUCCCAAACCCCCAAAUGCAUUCAUUUUAUAUCGAAAGGAUAUUCAAAGCGAAAUAAAAGAAGAAAAUCCAAAUGUAAAUCUCGUACAAAUAUCAAAAAUUAUUGCAGAAAGAUGGGCAAAUGCUCCAGAUGAAACAAAAAAUCGAUAUACUAUACUAGCAGCUCUUUGUGAUCGAGUUCAUCGUGAUAUUUUUACAGAUGAUAAAGUUAUGUCAGAGUCGAAGGAAAGUAAUAUGAAGUCUGUUGAAUCAUUAAAGCCAUGGUCUAUAUUACCCUCCGUUAUAGCUCUCGGUGAACCACAAUCUUCUCCGAAUGAAAACAUAUUUUCGCUCAAUAGUGCCAUUCCUCAAGAAAAUUACGAAUCAGUAGACUUGUUACAAAAAGAACAGUUUGCUACUGAAUCACAGUAUUUAAAUCCCAAUAUAAGACUUAGUGACUCAUUUCAGGUGAACGAACAAAUUGAAACAAAUCAUCUUAUCUAUCUUAACUACGAAAUACAAUCAACAGAAAAUUUACCUUUUGGUUCAAGUGAAAAUAUUAUAGGAACAACUUUGCCACAAGAUUUAAAUAAUUUUAACAGCUACUCAAUUGCAACUUUAAAUCCUAAUUCUUUUCCUAAUUCUUUCAUAUUGGACACAACUCUUGCUUUUUGUUCAUUAGAACCAACAUAUGAACAAUUACGUAAUAUUUUCGAAUUGAAUAAUUUAGAUAAUUCGAACUAUCUAAAUAAUUUGGAUCAU